GAUCUCUUCGGCCGCGGUGACAGUUACUGUACCGCUCCGAGCUCGGUGGUCGAAGGCAUUUGACCUGCGGCUUCGUGCCUCACAACGCACCCAGGAGUGCGGAAGAUAUGUCUCACUGCACACCCUGUCCCGAGUUAUUGCUUACAUACCUAGGUCACGCAUGUGAUACGUCAGCGCUUAACCCUGGAGAUUGAGAGGCUGGUUAUCUGCUUUUUGCUGCAGCAGUAAACAGUUUUAAUGCUAAUCCCUGCUAGGUAUUAUCCAGCUCUUCCACUGAGCCCACUUCAUUUCUGGGGUGAAAUAAGGACUGGGAGGUGCAACAAGAAGCUGUUAGAGUCUGUAGCACUCAGUAACUGACUCACCACGCAGACCCUUCUCCUGAUUCCACUGCAUCACCAUGUUUAAUCUGGAACCUGUGGAGGUCGGAUAUGUGCUGUUCUCGAUCUACGCUGCUAUCAUCACUGUCGUGAUUGUCAUUUUGGCCUGGGCCACCAUGUGUAGAAAACCUGUGAAGCAGUAACCUCUUGAUGACCCCUGCACUCACGAGUGUGUGUGUGUGGGGGGGGUGGGGGUAAUGGAGCGCAAUGUAGGGUACAGAAUGAACGGAUCUUCAGAUAGUAAUUAGAGUUGCUUUGAAGAAUAUAUACAUUUUGCACUAAACGCUUUAGGAAGUUGACUGGUUGAGGACAAGAUGAAUGGAAUAGCGCUACUCUUCUUUUCCAGCUUUGCUUACAUCUGUGCAACAAUUCCACAAUUCCCUGAACAAGAGAAAGACCCCAAAUUCUGGAGAGACUGGGCUCAGAGAACUCUCACGAAAGCUCUUUCCCUGCAACGCCUCAACACAAACGUCGCGAAAAAUGCCAUCCUUUUUCUGGGUGACGGCAUGGGGAUUCCCACGGUGACAGCGGCCCGCAUUCUGAAGGGUCAGAUGAACGGUUUCAGCGGUGAGGAGACACAGCUGGAGAUGGAUAAGUUCCCCUAUGUGGCACUCGCUAAGACGUACAACACAAACGCACAGGUGCCUGACAGUGCUGGGACAGCCACAGCCUACCUGUGUGGGGUGAAGGCAAACGAGGGGACUGUGGGUGUGAGUGCAGCAGCUGUGCGCUCCCAGUGCAACACCACCAUUGGAAACGAAGUCACCUCCAUUCUGAAAUGGGCGAAGGAUGCUGGCAAAUCAGUAGGCAUCGUCACGACGACGCGUGUGAACCAUGCAACGCCCAGUGCUGCCUACGCCCACUGCGUGGAUCGUGAUUGGUACUCGGAUGGGGAGAUGCCCCCGGAAGCAAUUCAAGGAGGCUGCAAGGACAUCGCGCGACAGCUGCUUGAGAACAUACCCAACAUCGAUGUGAUUAUGGGAGGGGGGCGGAAGUACAUGUACCCCAAAAACACCCCUGACGUUGAGUACCCCGAUGACCACAAAGCCAACGGCACUCGACGGGAUGGAAGGAGGCUUGUGGAUGAGUGGAAGAGCUCAAAGGGCAAUCAGGCUGCUCACUAUGUGUGGAACAAGAACCAACUAUUAGCUCUGAAUCCACCCAAUGUGGACUACUUACUGGGUCUGUUCGAGCCAGUUGACAUGCACUAUGAUUUAGAACGAGACAAGCAAAUGGAUCCUUCCCUGGCUGAAAUGGUGGAAGUGGCUAUUAAAAUCCUGCAGAAAAACCCAAAGGGUUUCUACCUGCUGGUGGAAGGCGGGCGUAUCGACCAUGGGCAUCACGAGGGCAAGGCGAAGCAGGCUCUGCAUGAGGCGGUGGAGAUGGACAUUGCUAUCGGCAAGGCAGGGGUGCUGACCCGCGAGGAGGACACGCUGACCGUCGUCACUGCUGACCACUCCCACGUCUUCACUUUCGGGGGCUACACUCUCCGUGGAAACUCAAUAUUUGGUCUGGCGCCCAUGCUGAGUGAUGUGGACAACAAGCCCUUCACCUCCAUCCUAUACGGGAACGGACCAGGCUUCAAGCUAUCUAAUGGAGAGAGAGAGAACAUAUCCAACAUUGACUACAAACAGAACAACUACCUGGCACAGUCGGCGGUGCCUUUGCGACAGGAGACCCAUGGUGGGGAGGACGUGACCAUUUUUGCUAAAGGUCCCCUGGCACACCUGCUGCACGGAGUACACGAACAGAACUACAUCCCCCAUGUGAUGGCGUAUGCCACCUGUAUCGGGCAGAACACAGAGCACUGCAAAGGGGGCUACCCUGUCCCCUGCGGAGCCUGCUUCCUCACCUCCACACUCAGCAGCCUCCUCUCUCUCCUUGUUCUCAGCCUGCUGUUGUGCUUGCCCUGAUACUGCUCCCUCACCUCCACACUCAGCAGCCUCCUCUCUCUCCUCGUACUGGCCCUGAUACUGCUCCCUCACCUCCACACUCAGCAGCCUCCUCUCUCUCCUCGUACUGACCCUGAUACUGCUCCCUCACCUCCACACUCAGCAGCCUCCUCUCUCUCCUCGUACUGACCCUGACACUGUCCCCUCACCUCCACACUCAGCAGCCUCCUCUCUCUCCUCAUAAUCAGCCUGCUGCUGUGCAGGCAUAGGACUGGGAGUGCAUUCCAACACACCUGGACAUUUUAAAGCACAAAUUUUUCCGGGGCUAUUUUAAUCGAAGCUGGAAUCAUUGAAAAAUGCUGGAUGGCAGAUAUUGUUGCUCCAAAGAUCUGCUGUAUUAAAAUUUGUGAGUUAUG